AUGCCAUCUGAAACAAGUUUACCACCACCAACAUACAAAGUAGUAGUAUUAGGAGAAUCAUCAGUCGGAAAAAGUAGUAUAGUUAAACGAUUUACAAAUAAUACAUUUGAUAUUCAUACUUCAAAUACAAUUGGUGCUGCUUUUAUAACUAAAGAAUAUAUUUCAAAAUCAAACCCAAAUAGAUCAAUUAAAUAUGAAAUAUGGGAUACUGCUGGUCAAGAAAGAUAUCGAAGUUUAACUCCAAUGUAUUAUAGAAAUUCAAAAGUUGUUUUGAUAUGUUUUGAUUUAAAUAAUUUUGAAUAUACUCUCAAUACUGCUAAAUAUUGGUUACAACAAUUAAAACUUAAUAGAAAUAAUGAUGAUAAUGAUAGAAUAGAAAUACGAUUAAUAGGUACAAAAUUAGACUUAAUAGAUGAUAAAAAUUUAGAAAUUGAUAAAAAAAUAAAUGAAUUUAUUAAAGAUGAAGAAUUGGAAGAUAAUCAAUAUAAUAUUAAAAAAUUUCAUAAGACUAGUUCAAAGGAUAAUGUAGGUAUAAAUGAAUUAUUUGAUGAUAUAUUAGAUGACAUAGAUGAAGAGUUUUUCAAGAAGUAUUAUGAAAAACUACAAAAUGAACCAAAUGAUCAAAUUGGUUCAAUGUUAAAUGCAAGAAAGGCAAAUGCUUCUAAUUGUUGUUAA